AGCAUUUGAGUCCAAAAUUUGUGCAAGUUUGAGUCUUCAUCCCAUACUUUUGCCCUUCUUUUAUUCUAGCACUGCCACCAACACCACCCCCACCUAGCACUACCACUUGAAAAAGAAAAACAGAAAUGCACUAGCAUUACCACUAACUAGCACUAUCAAAAUGGACUUUUUAAAUCGAGACAAUCGGGUUCCUCACAAGGAACCCAACUCUGGGUUCGGCGAGGAACCCAGAUCGGGUUCCUCACCAGGAACCCAGAGGGUUCCUCAUGGGUUCCUCCCGAGGAACUCAGAUCGGGUUCCUCGGGAGGAACACCCAAAUGGAGGAACACUCGAUCUGGGUUCCUCACCGAACCCAGAUCGGGUUCCUUGCUCUGGGUUCGGGAACCCAGCUUGGGUUCUCGAACCCAGAGCUGUUGUUCUAAAUUUUUUUUAUUUUUUUAUUUAAAUAAGCCACAUCAUCAAAGAAAAGCAUCCACAUUGGAUUAUUAAUGGCACAUAGUGACCACGUCGAUUUUUGAGUGCCACGUAGUACAUUUUGUAACGGUACCGUGACGUCAUGUUAAAAUGUUGGGUUUUUUACGGGUUUUGAAAAGUUAAGGGUGUGAAUAGGGAGGAAAAAUUCUGGAAGGUGUUGACCGUGAAAAAGAAAUAAAUGGAGGGUGCAAAUAGGGGGCUUUGGCCAAAAAGAUAUGCAGCAAAAGUCGGGUUACUCAGUUUUGAGAGACCGGCAAGGAGGGGAUAAUGUGAAGAUGUUCCAAAAAUUCUGGAAUCGGUGCAUCCCAAACAAGGUAUCCACCUUUAACCGUAUGCUGUUGCUGAAUAGAAUACCAACAAAAGUAAAUUUGUGUAGUUUUUGUGGGGUUGCACUUGAAGACUCUGAUCAUUAGUUCUUGGAGUGUUCUUUUGUGUCAAAAUUGUGGCGUAAAUGCCUAAAUUGGUGGGUUUUGAGUUGUGUGAUUCAUAAUGAUUGUAGAGAGGCUUUUGGCCAGCAUGUUUUCAUCUCAAAAAAAAAAAAAAAAAGGGGUUAGACGGGGCUGGGAGGCUCUAUGGUUUGGCCUCAGAUGGACAGUAUGGUUAGCAAGGAAUGAAGAAACUUUCAGACAUGUGGAAUCAGUUGUUGAAAAGCUUUUUGACCCAUCCAGAUUCGAACAAUUUUCUUGGAUUAGAGGAAGGCUGGCGGGGUGUAUGUUUUUCAGUUUGGAUUGGAUGCAAAAUCCUAUGUUGUGUUUGAAGUCAAUUCAAGGAGGUAAGAAGGGAAUGUGAAGAAUUAUAGUGCAGGGGUCGGGCUUUUAGCACUUGGGGUGACAUACAGUAGAUUGCUUUUGUAUUGAUGUAUAAGAUUUUUAAAGAUUUUUGUGUCGACAUGCCCCGUCAUUUAGGGCUGUUUAUGGAUUUGGAGUAGCCAUAUAGAUUUGCCGUUCAAAAAAAAAAUUAUUACUCUUGCCUAACCUUACCUGCCACACUAACAUCCACCGCACUGCGACUACCACGGCCUAACCUUACCUACUGCCCCAUCACUACGGCUCCCUCUAGUAGUUAUUAAAAAUAAAAAGCUUAAAAUCUUAAAAAAAAAAGAAAAAAGAGAAGCACUACCACUACUUAGCACUACCACUCAAAAAGAUGAACAGCUUAAAAAUAAAAAAAUUCACUUAUAUUUUAUUUAUUAUAUUUAUAUAAAAUUUUAAUUAUUUUUAUAUUUAUAUUUUUUAUUUAAUUAAAAUUUAAUUUUAAAUUUUCAUAUAAUUUAAGACUUUAAUUAAGCAUUUGAGUCCAAAAUUUGUGCAAGUUUGAGUCUUCAUCCCAUACUUUUGCCCUUCUUUUAU